AUGAGGAUCUCUUUGUUUUUGGGAGUAGUUGUAUUUUUCACAUUGGCCUUUGCUCAUCAUGAGGAGGGCCACCAUGAACACCAGGAUGAUCACCAUGAACACCAGGAUGAUCAACAUGAUCACAAACACGGCCAUCACCAUAAUGAGUCCUUAGCCUGUCACAGGCUAGCUCCAUACAAUUCUAAGUUUUCCUUUGACCUGUAUCGGCAGGUAGCUCUGGAUCAUCCUCACGAGAACAUCGUCUUUUCUCCUAUUAGUAUCUCUACUGCGUUUGCUUUCCUUUCCCUCGGUGCUAAAGCUCAGACCCACUCACAGAUCACUGAAGGAUUGGGUUUUAACACUUCUGAGAUCUCAGAGCAAGAAAUUCAUGAAGGCUUUAACCAUCUAUUGCGUCUCCUGAAUGAUGCAGACAGAGAGCUUCAGCUCAGUGGUGGGAACGCUCUCUUUAUUUCCAAGGAACACAAGAUUCUCCAGACAUUCUUAGAUGAAGCAAAGAGGCUCUACCACUCAGAAGCAUUUUCUACUGAUUUCAAAAAUACUGAAGAAGCCAAAAACCAGAUCAAUAGUUAUGUGGGGAAGAACACCCAUGGCAAGAUCCCUGAACUGCUGGACAGUGUAGACCAGGACACCAUAUUUGUCCUUAUUAACUACAUUUAUUUUAGAGGGAAAUGGGAGAAACCAUUUGAUGAAAAAUGGACAAAAGAAGGUGAUUUUCAUGUCAAUGAGAACACAACAGUGAAGGUUCCUUUCAUGCACAGAACAGGAAUGUACCAUGUUGCCUUCACUGACGAGGCCACCGUGGUCUCCAUACCCUAUAAAGGAGAUGCCGGUGCCAUGUUCAUCCUGCCAAAUGAGGGGAAGUUUUCUCAGGUAGAACAGAACUUUCAUAAAGAAUCAAUUAUGAAAUGGAAGAACGCACUGAACAUACGGUUGGUGGACUUAUCCCUCCCCAAAUUCUCGGUCUCAUGUACUAUAAACCUUAAAGAAACAUUAAGCAAAAUGGGUGUAGUAGACGUCUUCUCAGAUAACGCUGAUCUUUCUGGAAUCACUGAAGAAGCCAACGCAAAGAUUUCUAAGGCCAUCCAUAAAGUUGUGAUCAGUGUGGAUGAGAAGGGGACAGAAGCGGCCGGCUCCACAGCACUCGAGAUUAUCCCCAUUAUGCUUCCUCCUCGUGUGGAAUUUAUCCGUCCUUUCAUAUUUACAUUGUAUGACCACACAACUAAAAGUGUUCUUUUUGCUGGAAGAAUCAUCAAUCCCCGGGAGAAGGUUUUGGAGAAAAAAACGCAGGAAACUGUUUUACCCUUAGAGAUCUUCUGUGUGAGCACGGCUCCUGCUCCCACGGAGGACGGGUCUACCUCCAGAAGCAUGAGAGUCUUUAUGAGUUUGGGAAUAGUUGUACUUUUCACAUUGACCUUUGCCGAUCAUGAUCACAAAGAUGGCAGGAAGCAUAGCCAUCACGUUAACGAGUCCUUAUCCUGCCACAAGAUAGCUCCAUACAAUUCUAAGUUUUCCUUUGAUCUGUAUCGGCAGGUAGCUCUGGAUCAUCCUUCUGAGAACAUCGUCUUUUCCCCUAUUAGUAUCUCUACUGCGUUUACUUUCCUUUCUCUCGGUGCUAAGGCUCAGACCCACUCACAGAUCACUGAAGGAUUGGGUUUUAACACUUCUGAGAUCUCAGAGAAAGAAAUCAAUGAAGGCUUCCACCAUCUUCUGCAUCUCCUGAAUGAUGCAGACAGAGAGCUUCAGCUCAGUGGUGGGAACGCUCUCUUUAUUUCUGAGGAACACAAGAUUCUCCAGACGUUCGUAGAUGAAGCUAAGAGGCUCUACCACUCAGAAGCAUUUUCUACUGAUUUCAAAAAGACAGAAGAAGCCAAAAACCAGAUCAAUAGUUACGUGGAGAAGAACACCCAUGGCAAGAUCACCGAGCUGCUGGACAAUGUAGACCAGGACGCCAUAUUUGUCCUCAUCAACUACAUUUAUUUCAGAGGUAAAUGGCAAAAGUCAUUUGAUGAGAAAUGGACAAAGGAAGGAGAUUUCCAUGUUAAUGAGACAACAACUGUGAAGGUUCCUUUCAUGACCAGAACGGGAAUGUACAAAGUGGUCAUCACCAAGGAGGCCAUUAUGAUCACCAAACCCUAUAAAGGAGAUGUCAGCGCUUUAUUCAUUCUGCCAGAUGAGGGAAAGUUUUCCGAGAUAGAACAGAAUUUUAAUGAAGAAUCAAUUAUGAAGUGGAAAAAAUCAAUGCAGAUGCGUUCAGUUGAAUUAUCCCUCCCCAAAUUCUUGGUCUCUGGUACUAUAAACCUUAAAGAAACAUUAUGUAAAAUGGGUGUAGUAGACGUCUUCUCAGACAACGCUGAUCUUUCUGGUAUCACUGAAGAAGCCAACGCAAAGAUUUCUAAGGCCAUCCAUAAGGCUGUGCUCAGUGUUGAUGAGAAGGGGACCAAAGCCGCCGGCUCUUCUGCAUUUGAGUUUCUCCACCAUACAACUCCACACAGAAGAAUUGCGUCCCUCCAGGACAAGGUGGAGGAUCUGGAGAAUUGGUCACGGAGGAACAAUUUGCGGGUGGUGGGGCUCCCUGAAGCCGUGCUGCUCAACCAACUUGCUACGCUAUGCUCUGUGGACAUACCUAAAGCGCUCGUUUCCUACAUGUCUUGGUCCCCAGGUGCUCUCCAGAGGCUAUGGAAGAUGACUGUUCUACAAAAUCAGAUGUCACUUGUCCUCAGAAUCUCCCCCAUAGAGAUAAAAAUGAAGCUUUUCACUUUCCUUUGUUUAAGCCAAGUUCUGCUUUGUACACUGGUGUGUGGUGACCAUGGAGGACCACAUGACCAUGACGACCAGGACCAUGACGACCAUGACGAGGCAAAGGCUUUGUCCCAAGUAGCUCAGUCCAAUAUCUGCUUUUGCUACAAGCUCCACCAACAUCUGGCUGCUGCUUAUCCCAAUGACAAUAUCUUUUACUCCCCAUUAAGUAUUUCCAUGGCCUUUUCUCUGCUCUCACUAGGCGCCAAUGCCAAUACCCUCAGUCAGAUCCGUGAAGGAUUUGGUUUCAACACGCCUUUGGUCUCUGAAGAAACUAUCCACAAGGGCUUCAAGCAGCUUCUAAACUUCAUUGACCAACCUGAACGUAACCUUAACCUGAACAUCGCCAACGCUCUCUUCAUUGAUAACAAACAGAAACUUCUAGAAAAGUUCUUAGAUGGUGCCAAGAAGUGGUAUCAUUCCGAAGCCAUCUCCACUGAUUUCCUUAAGACAGCAGAAGCCGUAAAACAGAUCAAUAGUUACGUGGAGAAGAAAACCAAUGGGAAAAUUGAAGAUUUGUUGGACAAUCUUGAUCCGCUGACAGUUCUGGUUAUUGUAAAUACCAUUCUCUUCAAGGGAUCAUGGGAACAUCCUUUCAAUGUCAAUCGUACCAGAGAAGAAGACUUCCAAGUGGAUAAAAAUACUGUGGUGAAGGUUCCGAUGAUGACCAAUCACGGAGAAUAUCUAGUGGCCUUCAUGCCUGAAAUUGGAUGUACAAUAGUCGAUGUUCCCUAUAAAGGAAACACCUCUGCAUUUUUUAUCUUGCCCCAGGAAGGAAAAUUACAUGAUGUUGAGAAAGCUCUUCAAAAUGUGUCACUAGAGACCUGGUGCAAAGAAAUGAGACCAAUGGACAUUAUUCUUUCGAUACCAAAAUUUAAAAUUUCGGCUGAACUUGAUCUUGUGAAGGAGUUACAGAGCAUAGGUAUCACAGAGGUGUUCUCUGAAAAUGCCGACCUCUCAGGGAUCACGGGGGCGCACAAUCUGAAAGUGACGAAGGCUCUGCAUAAAGCCGUGAUCGAGGUGGAUGAGAAGGGAACAGAAGCCGCUGGGGCCACAGCCAUUGGGAUCACAAAGCUGAGUCUCCCCCCACAUAUUAAAGUGAACGGGCCAUUUAUAUUGACCAUUAUAAACAAAGACGCCAAUACUAUGCUCUUCACUGGAAGGAUUAUCAACCCCAAGAAAUAAACUGAAGUCACGCACAAUAAAGUGCCGCCAUCUAUUUUCUGCCUUCUUGUCUUUAUUACAUAGAUAUUUAAAUCCCUUUUUAGGGUAGGG